CGUGGAGACACCGGACGAUGGACAUGGAUCCGCCGCCGGCGAGGGGAAGGAGAUAUGAGAGGGAGACCGUCAGGCGUCGCCUUAGGCAGGAAUCAUUGGACAGAUAUUGGAACCCUAACCAGCACGAGCCUGACCGGGAGGCCGUCCGCGCCGGCGAAUAUUACGCCUACAACAGGAUAUGGGACACCGAGGAGAUCACGUCUAUCCCACCCAUGUGUUGCACCUACACGCUGGCCAAUUCAACGAUGCCCGUGCCAGAGAUGCCUUGCAGAUCUUUUCUAUCAAAGUCGAAUCGAUUAGAGGGGGCUUAAGGUGGCCGCUGGACGUGUUUGGCAUGGUCAUUGCUCGCGACGUCUUGGACAUUGAUCGCAAGCGCAAUAUCAUCUUCGCUCACCCAAGGAGUAACCCUCAAACCAUCACGGAGGAGCAUCCAUAUCUAGAACUCACAGGUCCAGCCCGUGCCGUCGUGACAUCCGGCGAUCCAGGGAAAAUCGAGAACGUGCUCAAAGUUAAGGGUGCAACUGAAUCUGACGAUAGAGAUCUAAGUCUUCUUGUCUUACCGUUGAAGAAUCGUAUGUAUUGUGAAUAUGACAGAUAUUACACUAGCAAACAUAGCACGCUGGAGCUAACUUUCCGGCACAUUGACAACUCUGUGGAGGCGACAAUCGGUGCACGCCUUAUUGGUGGAUCAUCAUGGCCACAUGGUUUGCAAGGCGUAAUGGUCGCUCGAAUUUCCGAUAUGGAAGAUGCCGAAGUUUCUUUGCUUGCCUUUGGAGGAGGUAAAUUGCAUGUUGUUGCUGAUGAUAGCAUGAUCAAGCUCACACGACGUGUUGUUUCUGUUGAACAUCGUGAUGGAGAGCUGAAAGUUUCUAUCGUUGCACGGUGUGAAAAUGAUGAGCAAGUCAUCAGUGUGAGAGAUGAUAUAGUUUUCACACCCAAGAAAAAUGGCAGAACUAGUGGUGUGCUUAAAGUUGGCACAUGUAAGAUCCAGCUCACUGUUGCCUGGUCACUUUUCAAUUAACUUGACUAAUGUAGCAAUGUUGAUGAUUGAUCAAUGACUUUG